ACGUUCGUGGUGCAUCACGGGAAAAGAGCUGUGCACAAACUCACACGUGGUUGUGUGUGAACUUCCUGAGGUGUUCGUGCUGUGGAGAAGAAGAGCAGCAGAUUUAAACUUUAUUCUACUUUAGUUUUUAUUGUCCAGCUUAAACAUGAGGCCUGGUUUCAGUCCCAGAGGUGGUGGAGGACGAGGUGGAUUUGGUGGAAGAGGACGAGGCGGAGACCGAGGAGGACGAGGCGGGUUUAGAGGAGGACGAGGUGGUGGAGGUGGAGGUUUCAGGUCUCCGGGUGGUGAAGGAGGAUUCCGGGGUCGUGGUGGAGGCAGAGGGACCCCGAGAGGACGUGGGGGAAGAGGAGGACGAGGAGGGUUCAGGGGAGGACUUAAAGUGACCGUGGAGCCACACAGACAUGAGGGUGUGUUUAUCUGCCGUGGGAAGGAAGAUGCUCUGGUGACGAAGAACAUGGUGGUGGGAGAGUCUGUGUAUGGGGAGAAGAGGAUCAGUGUGGAGGACGGAGAAGCCAAGAUCGAGUACAGAGCCUGGAACCCUUUCCGCUCCAAACUGGCGGCGGCAAUUCUGGGGGGAAUCGAUCAGAUCCACAUCAAACCUGGCGCCAAGGUCAUGUACCUGGGAGCGGCGUCGGGAACCACCGUGUCUCACGUCUCGGAUAUCGUCGGGCCGGACGGUCUGGUGUACGCAGUGGAGUUCUCACACCGCUCUGGUCGAGAUUUACUGAACGUGGCUAAAAAGAGAACCAACAUUAUUCCCAUUAUAGAAGACGCCAGACAUCCGCACAAAUACCGCAUGCUGGUUGGGAUGGUGGACGUGAUCUUCGCCGACGUAGCUCAGCCCGAUCAGACGCGUAUCGUUGCUCUGAACGCUCACAACUUCCUAAAGAAUGGAGGCCAUUUUGUCAUCUCCAUCAAGGCAAACUGCAUCGACUCCACGGCGUCUCCCGAGGCCGUGUUUACGUCUGAAGUGAAGAAGAUGAGCGCCGAGAACAUGAAGCCUCAGGAGCAGCUCACGCUUGAGCCGUAUGAGAGAGACCACGCGGUUGUCGUAGGAGUGUACAGGCCGCCUCCCAAACAGAAGAAAUAAACUCCGCCUGUGUGUUUGUUUGGACGUUUGUGCGUCACUGAUCCUCCGGCUGACGGCUGCAGCCUUUAAACCUCAUCUGCUUCCAGUCAGUCCUUCAUCACUGCUGAAGAACUUGUCCAUCAGUGUCAGUGACCUUGUGUUCAGCAGAGCGACUCGAUCAGGACCUUCUAAUGUGUAUUAUAGUAUAUUAACCCUCACAGUCUUUUACUUUAUUUACUAUACAAAAUUACAUAAUGGGGAAAAGCAAUGUAGAUUUGUUUCUCAUGUGACUGUAUGGACUGAUGUUUUUUUUUUAUUAUUAAAUAAUCCCAAAGACCUUUA